AUGUAUAAGCAAAAAAACGGAAGAAGUAAAACAAAUGAAGAAUAUUUAAAAAAAUAUGACAAGGAAAAACAGAAAAAAGAAAGACCGCGACAAAAAGCCAAAGAAAAAGGCGAUUCUAAAUUUGCUGGUGAUGCUGGAUAUUGGCGAGAUGAAGAUGCCGAAGUAUUGGCAAACUUCUUUAAUAGUAUUGCUAACAUUACCGAUGACAUUAACAAUAUUAAAUUGUCGGCUAACGAGCAAACAUUUAACAAUAAUAAGCAACAAUUAAUUGCUAAAAUCCAAGGUCUUAUUGGCAAAUAUAAUUUUUCGGUUAAACUUCAAAGGAACUUAACCGCUAUUGAAAAACUGGAACCUAAACACCAAAAAGAACUUUUGGAUUUAGAAAAAGAGGCUCGGGAGGCCGAAA